AUCUUCCUCCUGGACUCUGAACAUGCGAAGCUGCACUAGAAGAUCUCUGGUUCGCGUCCCGGCUUUCCCAGGAUCUUUCUGCAUGGAGUUUGCAUGUUCUCUCUGUGCAUGCGUGGGUUUUCUCCGGGUACUCCGGCUUCCUCCCACAGUCCAAAAAUAUGCUGAGCUCCUCCCCUUCCACCAUGAGCCACGCCUCCUCCAGCUCCUCCCUGGUGUCUCUGGACUCCAGUGUGUUCUUCAGCGACACGCCAGCAUCCUGCGUCACAGAACCGCUUGACUUCCUGCUGGUGAAUGUCGGUGGGCGUCGCUUCGUUCUGUCGCAGGAGCUGCUGGCGUCACAUCCGGAAACCCGACUAGGGAAACUGGCGUCCUGCAGUCGAGACUCUGUGAUGGAGCUGUGUGAUGACGCUGACCUGCUGCGGAAUGAGUUCUUCUUCGACAGAAGCUCUCAGGCUUUCCAGUACGUGAUGAACUUCUACCACACGGGUCACCUGCAUGUCGGCGAGGAGCUCUGUGAGAUCUCCUUCCUGCAGGAGAUCCAGUACUGGGGCAUUGACGAGCUCCAGAUCAGCACCUGUUGCCGCGAGCGCUACUACCGCCGCAAGGAGCACAAGGAGGCACUCGACUUGCGGCCAGACUUCGAGGACGACGAUGACGACGAGGACUUUGUGGGCGCUGCCUGCCCGGCCAUCCGCUGCCGCCUCUGGGACCUUCUGGAGAACCCCGAGUCCUCGCGGGCCGCCCGGACCUUUGGGUCGCUGUCGAUGUUCUUCGUGGUGGUGUCGGUGGUCAACAUGGUGCUCAUCUCGCUGGACUUCGGGGAAGAGUUCGGUGUCAGUCCUCCAAUGCUGUUGGAAGUGAUGGAGUAUGUGUGCGUGGUUUGGUUCACAGCUGAGCUGACGCUGAGGUUCCUCUGCGUCCGGAACAAGUGUCGGUUCAGCCGGAGCAUCCCCAACGUCAUCGACCUCAUGGCCAUCCUGCCGUUCUAUGUCACGCUGGCCGUGGAGAACCUCCACGGAGGUUCCACCGAGCUGGAGAACAUGGGCCGAGUGGUGCAGGUGCUCCGCCUCCUCCGGUCGCUGCGCAUGUUGAAAUUGGGACGACACUCCACAGGCCUGAAGUCUCUGGGUAUGACCAUUGCCCAGUGCUACGAGGAAGUCGGCGUCCUGCUUCUGUUCCUCGGCGUUGGCAUCUCCAUCUUUGCGGCGGCGGUCUUCGCCCUGGAGUACGACCUUCCGACCACCACCUUCACCAGCGUUCCGGCCGCCUGGUGGUGGGCGACCACCUCCAUGACCACGGUGGGAUAUGGCGACGUGCGCCCCGACACAGCACUGGGGAAGGUUCUGGCCUUCCUCUGCAUCCUGUCCGGCAUCCUGAUCCUGGCGCUGCCCAUUGCCAUCAUCAACGACCGCUUUUCUGCCUGCUACUUCACGCUGAAGGUGAAGGAGGCGGCGGUGCGACACGGUGAGAUGCUGAAGAGGCUGAACCGCGGAUCGCUUGGGGAGGCGGGGCCUGUGGGGGGCAGAGCCAACCUUAGGGACAACUACGCUCGCAGCAUCCUGGAGAUGCUGAGGUUGCAGGGCCGAGAGAGGGCGAGCACCCAGAGCAGCGGGGGUGAGGAGCUGUGGUGGUAAAACCAGGAGAACCAAAGAACCAGGAGAACCAAAGAACCAGAUCUGCAGAGGAAAAGAACUGUGGUGGUAGAACCAGGAGAAACAGGAGACUGAAGAACCAAACCUGCAGCAGAAAGGUUUGUUCUUGUUGGUAGAACCAAAGAUCUAGAUCUGCAGAGAAGAAGAGCUUGGAUAAUAGAACCUUCAAAGACACACGAAACAACCACAAGCAAACAUGUUCCAGCUGAAAUCAGUGCAGUGUUCUUCAGUAUAUGCUUCAGCUUUACACAUCUAAGUGUGUUCUUGUAUAAAUCUUCCUGACAUUUUUCAGGUUUGUCACAGUCCGCUUGUAUAAAUCUGUAGUGUUCUCAGAGGAACCUUUGCUAAGUGAAGCUGUUAGAACUGUGACUACUUCAGAAGAACUCAUGUCUUUGUACCAACAACCUGAAGAACCACAGCAUGAAGUUAUGGUUCUGUCAUGAACAUGAGCUGAGAUGUUCCUGCAGCCACCAACCUCCACCUGUAGAAAGCAUGACCUCUGGAACCUGAGUUCCUCACGUGUUCCCGUGUCAUAGCAGAACACAAACCAGCAGACAGGUGGAGGCUGAUGGUCGAGGUUUGUCUUUUCACUGAUCAGCUGUUUGUUGUUGUGACUCUUCAUUAAUAAACUGAUAGACACAAAUGUCUUAAUGUUGUUGAGCUUUAUUCUAUUUUGUCUUUUUGCUCUAUUUCAUCAAGAUUUUAAAAUCUGUUUUUAGUUGAUUAUUUGAUUUAAUUAUUAUUUUAUUGAAUUACUAUCUUGUUCCAAAAAAAAUCUUAUUUUAUGAUUUUUUUGUUUUUGUUUUAUAUCCAAUUUUAUAUUGUCUUUAUUGUUUUAUGGUAAUUUUUUGUAAUAGUUUUCAAUCUAAAUAUAUCUAGUUUUAGUUAUUAUGAAAUUUUUCAUUUUGCCAUCUAAUCUAAUCUAAUUUAUAGUUUUUAUUUGCACAUUUUACCUUUAAUUCUUGUUUGAACCCUUUGUUGUAUUGAAGCUUUUAAUGUUUAGUUUUUUUAUUAUAUAUUUUAUCUGUAAUCUUUAUGAUGGUUUUACUUUCAUAUUCUGUUUUUUAAUAUAUUAAAUGUUUAAAUGUAGUUUCUCUCCCUGUCCUGCCUCAUCAGCUUCUAGUUGUCUUAGAGCUGCACUGAGCUGUAUGAAAAGUGUAUACAAAGAUAGAUAGAUAGAUAGAUAGAUAGAUAGAUAGAUAGAUAGAUAGAUAGAUAGAUAGAUAGAUAGAUAGAUAGAUAGAUAGAUAGAUAGAUAGAUAGAUAGAUAGAUAGAUAGAUAGAGUUAUUUAAAGCUGCUGCAGCAGUUUGUUCUCGUCUCUGUUGCAUCGUGUUGUUUGAAUAAAGCUGCAUUUUAAAGAA